AUGGAUCUUGAUCCAGGUAUUCCACUCGAGUGUCGAUUUAGUUUUGUUACACUUGCCCUAACUUUGAUUUUCUCAUUGAUGAGUAUAACAUGUAUCAUCUGGAUAUUAGUUACAAUCUGUAAAGUGUGUACAUAUCGAAGAAAUUAUAACCAUAUGAAAUCAAGAGAAUGUUUUGAAGAAAUAAGACCAUCGAGUCGAUCUAUUUUGCAAAGGAAAGAAUCUUUAAGAAGUUUGGAAAUAACAGAUGAUGACUAG